UCCCCAUUUUUGCACCGCCGCCUCGAACCUCUCAGAAAUGUCCACAGGCCUCGAUCUCCGACGCACUUUCCUCGAAACCGUCCGCCGUCGGGACCUCAACCUUCCAAUUCCACGCCCGUCCUCAUCAGCGCCCGAUCACAGCGACACAAUUCAAAAACAGAGUAUCGACACCACCGCCACCGCCUCCGCCGCCGCCUCCGCCGAAGGAGAAUUAUGCUGCCGCACGCCGACUUCCGCAGAGAACAAGAUUCCGGCGUUACUGCAAUGUCCGCCGGCGCCGCGGAAGCGGAAAAGACCUCCGAGUUGUAGAAGAAGACUAAUGGAGCUUGAAUUCGUGCAGAUCGUGAGUAGAGAAGAGAUCGAACCGUAUUUGAAUUCGAGUUUCGAACACGAAGACAGAGUUCGAAAAUCCGCUAAACGAAGCUUCUGCGAAUGUAAAUGAUUAAAUUAAUCGAUUAUUUCUUCAAUCGCCAUUGUUAACAAGCUUUUUCUUCUUCUUCUUCUUCUUCUAAUUCUUCUCUUGAGAAUAUUAAUCACACGAUUAAUGUAUGUAUACAAACGAUUUUCCGUUCAGAUCCAAA